UGAUCUUCCUGGGUUGCCCCGCGCCUGUCCGCUCACGUCUCCCCGCGGCCUGCGGCGGCUGUCCCCUCAAGCGAAAACAGGCCGGGGCAGCGCCGUUCUGUGCCUGACCAGUGCGCUGCGGUCGCGCACCUGAGGUGGGGCGCCCCCCGCGAGCCGACCGACUGCCCCGCACUACGGGCCUUUCCCCGAACGUGGGAAAUGGAGGGACCCAAGGCCAUGCCUCGGGUCCUGCGACCCCCUCCGCGGCGCGGCGAGAUGGCGGCGGCCUCCUGGGUCCCCGGGCUUGCGGGGAGGGAAGCCCGUCUCCACGUACUGGGAGCCGGAGGAGUGCACGUCGAUCUACCCAAGAUAUUUUCCAGGGCCCCGGCUGUAAAUCACACCAAGACUUCACUGAAAUACGGGCGAAGCCGAUUUGUCCAUGAUGUCGGUCUUCAAAGUCACUCCGCACAGGAGCCUGUGGCCCUUGCGACUACGAAGUGCGCUCUCAGCCGUAGCCUUCUAAUUAAAUGACUGAACGGUUCAUCGUAACCGCAUACUUUUCCUUUAGAGAAGCCACCGCUCCCCAACCAAAAACAGGAAAAACAAUCGGUCUUCAUCCGGAUAAGAGGCUAACUAUAUAGUUACGAGAAAGUCCUGGGUUUUAAGAAAUGGUGAAGAGGAGGGUACCCGUACUCAAGAUGUGGGGUUUAUUUUAGGAAACGCUUCCCUUUAAACCUAUUGUACUGUGAGGACAGGGGUAGAAAACUGGACGGGAAAGGAUUCCGUUCAACUUUGAAACCAAGCUGGUACAGACCUCGUAAAUGCUGCAUAGUGGAGAGAACUCGAUAAAGAAGUGCUGGGAGGCGUCAGUGUAAAACCACAACAGGAACCCGACAUUUAAACCCUCAAGCCAUCCGAGCGUGUUGGCAGGAUGGACUUCAAGUCGGAACGCAAUUUCCGCGAGUGCAGUUUUCCCGCGGGAGUCAGGGUCAGCGGCACCUUUUCCUAUUGCGCAGGCGCAGUGCCACUUACCGAGCAUGGAAGCGGUGGGCGUUCUGGGUUUGGCAGUGGUGGUCCUAGCGUCCGUCUUCUUCUGGGUGUGGGACUACUUGGAACGAAUGAAGGGUCAGGAACAGGCAGGCCUGUUGGGAGGCGAAAGCCGUACCCUCCUGGUUAUCGCGCACCCCGACGAUGAAGCCAUGUUCUUUGCUCCCACUGUGCUAGGCUUGGCCCGCCUGAGGCACCGAGUGUUCCUGCUCUGCUUCUCUGCAGGAAAUUACUACAAUCAAGGGGAGAUUCGUAAAAAAGAACUUCUACAGAGCUGUGAUGUCUUGGGAAUUCCACCCUCCAGUGUAAUGAUUAUUGACAACAGGGAUUUCCCAGAUGACCCAGAUGUGCAGUGGGACACAGAGCAUGUGGCCAGCGUCCUUCUCCGGCACAUAGAAGUGAAUGGCAUUAACCUGGUGGUGACUUUCGAUGCAGGGGGUGUAAGCGGCCACAGCAAUCAUGUUGCUCUGUACGCGGCCAUGAGGACCCUGCACUCAGAAGGGAAGCUACCUAAAGGGUGCUCUGUGCUCACGCUUCAGUCUGUGAACAUGCUGCGCAAGUACAUCUCCCUUCUGGACCUGCCCUUUUCUCUGCUUCAUACCUGCGAUGUCCUCUUCGUGCUCACCAGCAAAGAAGUGGCACAGGCUGAGAGAGCCAUGUCCUGCCACCGCAGUCAGCUCCUGUGGUUCCGCCGCCUCUACGUGCGCUUCUCCCGCUACAUGAGAAUCAACUCGCUGCACUUCCUCUAAAGCCGGGAAGCCUUUUUGGAUCCAAGGAACAAGGGGAGAAAAACGACCAGGAAGCCUGGGGGUGUGGUCUGGAGCUGGUUUAUCUCCCUGGGGCCAAAGGAGAUCCCAGCCUGGGUGGCCCCCCAGAACUC